AUGGCGACGUUUACGAUGAGAGAUUUAGAUGAGGCUCUCCAAGGAUGUGGCCAGAAAUCAGGGAUUGAAAUAUGGCGUAUGGAGAACUUCAAACCUGUCGCUGUUCCAAAAGAGUCUCAUGGCAAAUUCUUCUCCGGGGAUUCCUAUAUAGUCUUAAAGACCACAGCGUCAAGAAGCGGUUCCCUGCAUCACGAUAUUCACUACUGGCUUGGUAAAGAUUCCAGUCAGGAUGAACAUGGUUCUGUAGCCGUUAAGACUGUUGAAUUAGACUCAGCGUUAGGUGGCCGUGCUGUUCAGUACCGAGAAGUACAGGGUCACGAGACUGAGAAGUUUCUUUCCUACUUCAAACCUUGCAUUAUACCUCAUGAAGGUGGAGUUGCUUCCGGGUUCAACCACGUGAAGCCAGAGGAGCAUCAGACGCGUUUGUAUAUCUGCAAAGGCAAACAUGUCGUCCGUGUGAAAGAGGCAAGUCAUGUUCCGUUUGUUCGAUCGACGCUCAACCACGACGAUGUUUUCAUUCUUGAUACCGAGUCUAAAAUUUUUCAAUUCAGUGGUUCCAAUUCGAGUAUUCAAGAAAGAGCAAAAGCUCUUGAGGUUGUUCAGUACAUUAAAGACACGUACCAUGAUGGAAAGUGCGAGAUCGCAGCUGUGGAUGAUGGGAGGUUGAUGGCUGAUGCUGAAGCUGGAGAGUUUUGGGGUUUGUUUGGCGGGUUUGCUCCGCUUCCUAAGAAAUCAGCAGUCAGUGAUGACCAAACUGCUGAGUCUGAUGGGAUCAAACUCAUCAGUGUGGAGAAGGGACAGAAAGAAGCCAUAGAGGCUGAGACUUUGGAGAAAGAGCUUUUAGACACUAAUAAAUGUUAUAUUCUUGAUUGCGGUCUCGAAGUGUUCGUUUGGAAGGGACGAAAUACUUCAAUCGACGAAAGAAAGAACGCAACUGAAGCUGCAGAAGAAUUUUUCCGUUCGUCUGAACGUCCAAAAUCAAACCUCAUCAGUGUGAUGGAAGGGUUUGAAACAGUGAUGUUCCGAUCUAAGUUUGAUUCAUGGCCGGCUACAAGUACAGUUUCUGAGCCCAAGCAAGGCAGGGGAAAAGUUGCAGCUCUUUUGCAACAGCAAGGAGUUAACGUUGAAGGCCUGGUUAAGAAGACUUCUUCACCUUCUUCCAAAGACGAACCCAAGCCAUACAUUGAUGGCACAGGAAAUCUCCAGGUAGUCUGGCGAAUCAAUAACGAGGAAAAGAUCCUUCUCGAAGGAGCUGCGCAAUCGAAGUUCUAUAGCGGAGAUUGUUAUAUAUUGCAAGCAUCUGCUAUUUCCAUUGCAAGCAAGAUGGUUGAAUCCAUGAAGUUUAUGCCGGCUCAGGCUCGCAUUUACGAGGGAAAAGAACCGAUUCAGUUUUUCGUGAUCAUGCAAAGCUUCAUCACAUUUAAGGGUGGUCUAAGUGAUGCUUUCAAAAAGUACAUAGCAGAGAACGAAGUCCCUGAUGAUACUUAUGAUCCAGAAGGUGUUGCGCUGUUUAGGGUUCAAGGUUCUGGACCCGAAGACAUGCAAGCCAUACAGAUAGAUGCGGUUUCCACAGGGUUAAAUUCUUCGCACUGUUAUAUAUUACAUGGUGAUUCAACUGUUUUCACUUGGUGUGGAAAUCUAACUACCUCGGAUGAUCAAGAACUUAUGGAGAGAAUGUUGGAUCUGAUUAAGCCAGAUGAACACACCAAGGCACAAAAGGAAGGUAUAGAGUCUGAACAAUUUUGGGAAAUAUUAGGAGGGAAAUCAGAAUAUCCGAGCCAAAAGAUCAAAAAGGAUGGAGAGAGUGAUCCUCAUCUCUUCUCUUGCACCUUCUCAAACGAGAUCUUCAACUUCAGUCAAGAUGAUCUGAUGACUGAAGAUAUCUUCAUUCUUGAUUGUCACACUGAAGUAUAUGUCUGGGUCGGGCAACAAGUUGACCCCAAGAAGAAACCGCAAGUGUUAGCCAUUGGAGAGAAAUUCAUUAAGCAUGAUUUCCUCUUAGAGAAUCUAGCAAGCGAAACACCGAUAUACAUUGUAACGGAAGGAAACGAACCUCCAUUUUUUACUCGGUUCUUCACCUGGGACUCUACUAAAUCUGCAAUGCAUGGAGACUCUUUCCAGAGAAAGCUUGCAAUCCUAACAAACAAAGGAAAGCCGCUUCUAAAUAAACCUAAAAGGAGAGUACCAGUGUACAGCGGCCGGUCCAGCGUUCCAGACAAAUCGCAGCAGCCCCGGUCAAGAAGUGUGACCUCUAGUCCAGACAGAUCACGUGUGAGGGGACGGUCUCCAGCUUUCAACGCACUUGCUGCAAACUUCGGGAACGUAAGCACAAGAAACCUAUCAACUCCACCACCUAUGGUUGGUCCAAUGGUCCGGAAGCUUUACCCCAAGUCUCAUGCACCAGACCUCACAAAGCUUGCCCCCAGAUCAGCAGCUAUUGCUGCCCGCACAGCGAUUUUCGAGAAACCUAAACCUACUCCUCAAGAAACACCAACUAGCCCCGGUUCUUCUGAAGCUACAAACGGAGCAGAGACUACAGAAGAUUCAAAAGAAGAAGCAGAAGAGGAAACUAACCUCCCUACAUUCCCAUACGAACGCCUCACAACCGACUCAGAGGAUCCUGUUCCAGAUAUCGACCUCACUAGAAGAGAGGCAUACUUGACUUCAGCAGACUUCAAGGAGAAAUUUGAGAUGACAAAGAGUGAAUUCUAUAAACUGCCAAAGUGGAAACAAAACAAGCUCAAAACGGCUGUUCAAUUAUUCUGAACACUUUCCUCUCGAGAACUCAGUCUUCUUCUUUUUCAUCUCAACCCCAAAACCAAGGAGGGCAUCAUACAUUUAUCUUCAAUUUUGAGCUGCUUACAAAUAAUCAAAUAUAUAUAUGCUCUAUAUAUUUUUAUAUAUACAUAAAUUCAAAUUUCUAAAAUGUGAUACUUAGACUACUUUUGUAUUUGUUAUAUUAUCUAUCAGUGUGGCUGUGAGUCUUUU